UUUGGUCUAAUAAAAAUAUUCGAGAGAAACACAAAGCAAGUGCACGCACCCUUUUUUGGAGUCCGGAGGAAUCGUUACACAGUGCGGUGUCAUGGAGGAUCAACCGAGCAGAGAGAUCGCGGAGUCUGCAAAGCCCGAGUCAGACCACAUCAUCGUCGCACUUCAAUCUCAGCUCAAGUCUCUCUCCUACAGAGUCAAGGAAUUGGAGUCCAAGAAGGCCGAGCUAUCUGCUAUCUUCUCUCGUAUCAAUUUGCCAAUGUCACAAGAUUACUGUUCCACAUAUGGAGGAAAAUCUUGAUGCUCGUAAUAUGGGUAGUGUUGAUUCAGUCAAUGGAAGGGGGAGAUUAAAUUUAGAAGGCGGUAAGAACAGAAGGAAGAAAGUGAAGGAGAGAUUGGCAGAUUAUAACACUAUGAGGACUGGGCAUCGGUCCUCCAAGAGAUAUGUUGCUCUGAAAGUAAUGUAUUUUGGUCAGAGGUUCUUUGGUUUUGCUUCAGAGGCUCAAAUGGAUCCAACUGUCGAGUCUGAAAUUUUUAAGGCUCUUGAGAAGACAAGGCUCAUUGAUGGUGACAAGAAGGACUUACAGUACUCAAGAUGUGGCAGAACAGACAAGGGAGUUUCUUCUGUUGGGCAAGUGAUUUCACUGUUUUUACGAUCUAACCAUAAGGAAACAGAACAGAGCAACGGAUAUUCUGGGGCAUUUCUGGCAAAGGAAUUAUAUGAAGGAGAAGUAGACUAUGUGAGAAUACUGAAUAGAGUUCUUCCUAAAGAUAUUCGAAUUAUGGGCUGGUGUCCUGCUCCAAUUGAUUUCAGCGCAAGGUUUAGCUGCUUGAGCAGGGAAUAUAAGUAUUUUUUCUGGAGAGGAAAUCUGAAUAUAGUGGCAAUGGAGAAUGCAGGUAAGAAAUUUGUUGGGGAACACGAUUUCAGAAACUUCUGUAAGAUGGAUGCAGCUAAUGUACGUAACUAUAGGAGGCGGAUCAUGCAGUUUGAAAUAAUUCCUUGCAAUGAAAGGUUUGAAGGCGAUCAGCUUUGCGCAGUGAAAAUCACAGGUACUGCUUUCCUGUGGCACCAGGUUCGGUGUAUGGUUGCUGUACUAUUUUUGAUUGGCCAAGGUCUUGAAUCCCCUAAUGUGAUUGAUACAUUGCUGGAUAUUGACAUGAUGCCCAGGAAACCUCAAUACAUAAUGGCACCAGAAAUUCCAUUGGUACUGCUAUCCUGUGAAUUUGAAGGUCUCAGAUUUAUAUGCUCCUCAGAUGCCAAGAAAGCUCUGCAUGCACACUUGGAGAUGGAAUACCGAACUUACAAACUUCAAGCUGCCAUCUUUCAUGAGGCUCUGCUAACCUGUUCACUCAUUGAAAAUGAUGACAGCAUAUUGAAUAAUAAAACCAAAAACAAAGUAGCUUCCUAUGUUCCUCUCAUGUCACGGCCAACCGAGCCAUCUUAUGAAGAACGGCGUGUGAAGUUGAACUCAGGAGCACACAAGCAAGAGCCUAUUGAUUUGUUGAGAACUCAAUUUGUUGAAACGGAGGAUAUCUAGUUGUAAUUUCAUGUUUGUAAGUAGCAUUAAUUUAUUAUACCAGUUCCGUAUUUUUGUUACUAAUAUAAAUUAUUUACGAAUAGGAAAAAUUUGUUAUUUGUAACGAGUAAUAAUCAUACCCCUUCAACUUGAUUUUUUUUAACAAAGAAGAGGAUAUCUAUCUGUUGCUGGUUUA